CUUUUCUACAAUUCAUACCUCCUCUGCAACUCAUGCCCUCACCUACAACUCAUACUCCUCUCGCCUAAUCCCGCAAAAAUGGAUAGCCCUUGCAGCCCCUAUUCCUCUUUGCCCGGGCUAAAUGACUUUUCCUGCACUGGCACGACGGGACCCUAUGACCACAACAUUACCAGCCCCAAAUAUACCGCCGCCAACCAAAACGGCCAGGCUACCAUGGACGCGCUAAAGGCCUGCUGUAAAUCGCCCGUUACGCAGGUUCAUCCUGAGCUCUACGGCAUCUGUUACUCCAACUGCAAGACCACAGGUUUAGAGCAGGCACUUGAGGUUGAUUGGUGUUUGGGGAACUACACACAGAAGCGCCCUGAUUACCUUUUUGCGUCCUUGGGGUGCGAAACUACGGUUUCGAGCGCGACGAUGCUAAGGAGGACUAGUAGUUGGGAGGGGUUGGUGAUUCUGAGUCUUGUGGUCUCGGCGGCGGCGACGAUGAUGUAG